AUGGUUGAUGACAACCAUAAGGAUGGUGAUGCUCCUAUCAUAGGUACUUGCGAAGGGCAUUUAUCGGAGAAAAGCAUGUCUUGGCAGAAUUGGGAGAAUUCCUUCAUGGCGUUCAAAGCCUUCUUUGACGAUGGUACUAAGAUCCUCCGAUCUAUCGAUGAGCUUCUCCCACUUUGUUAG